AUGGUCUCGGAUGUUACAAUUCGCGAGCUCAUAGCGCUUUUAGAUCUUAAAUUCCCACCGCCACUCAUCGCGCCCGAUUUUUCGAGGACUUGGCCAACUAACGUCACCACGCGCCACCGUGGUUCGCCGAAGGCGAUCCUAUUCGCCUGUUUCAGAUCUUGGGCCACCAAA